AUGCCACUGAAGGUAGCUCCAGCUGCUGAACACAGAGAAGAAGCGCUGCAGUCGCCGAACCAGCUUUUGAGGAGCACAAAAAUGAUGUUGAUCCAGCCCAUGAAACUCCAGCCGCUGAAGAGCACAAGGCUGAGCCCGCUAAAAGCUGCCACUGAAUCUCCUCCAGCCGCCAAGACAUCUCUCGAGAAACACAAGGAUGAUGCAGCUCCAUCGAAGUUUCAAGUUAAAGCCCAUGAAGAGGAGCAUAAAGAAGAAACUGAUGCUCUAUCAGGAGCUGUCCCAGGUGCCCCGGCUACAUUUGAGGAACACAAGGAAGAAGCAAGCUGCUCCAACUGUACUGGAGGCUCCACCAGAACACACUCAGAAACUCGAGCAAAAGAACACAAGGAGGAAGCUACUUUAUCAGAAGUUGCAGAAGAAGGAGGCUCAUGCCAAGCAUACUGA